CCUCGACCAGCUUAUUUCAAGCAGUUGCUCACACUGGUCAAAGAUUUAGGAGCGGAUGGUGUUCUUAUUGAAUGGGAGGACAUGUUCCCAUAUGCAGGAGCUCUCUCAUCAAUCAAAAACGGCAACGCCUACAGCAUUGACGAAACGCUAGACAUUUUACACGCCAAUUCAUUGGAGCUAUCUGUAAUACCUCUAGUGCAGACUGUGGGACAUCUAGAGUGGAUACUGAAAACCAAGGAGUUUGCCAGUCUACGCGAGAAUGCUAGUUACCCUAUGGUUGUAUGUAUCGGCAAUCAUCAGACCCUCACUCUGAUACUUGAUGUGAUUGCAAUGCAUUCCAAUAUACGCGCUCCGUAUAUACACAUUGGAGCUGAUGAAGCAUUCCAGGUCGGAGAAUGUGAUGCUGAUCACAAAGUACUGCCAGUGAAGUAUGCAAACAGUACGAAAAGGCUCAUGUUGGACUACAUCCGAGCAAUCGCCACUAACAUCACUCAAACAUUUAAGAAAACGGAAGUGCUCAUGUGGUUUGACGAAGUUAAAAACACCGGCCACAAAUUAAUCAAAGAGUACGAACUGGAUCGAUUGGUUAUACCAGUAGUGUGGAAGUAUACAACAAACUUAGAUAGGGAUCUUCCACCUGCCAUGUGGGAGGAACUGGCCCGCUCAUUUUCGACCGUCUGGGGAGCUAGCGCCUUCAAAGGUGCUGAUGGUCCAAAUAGGUAUUGGAAUCGUAUGAAAACCUAUAUGCUGAACAAUAAGCAGUGGUACCAGCAAGCUGAAAAGUACUCCGAUCUCUUCGACGACUUUCACGGAUUCUUCCUUACUGGUUGGCAAAGAUAUGACCACUUUGCUGCUCUAUGUGAACUAAUGCCAGUUUCCAUGGCUUCGCUUGCUAUCAACAUAAGAAUAGGGCUCAAAUUUGGAGUAAAAUUCAUCGGUGUACUUCCAGAUAGCGGAGCAGAAAUCAUUAUGAGGACGCUGAAGUGCCCUACGACGACCAAUAUCAACGAGCUGAUUUCGGGUGACGACAAAUGCCACUUCGCAGGUUACAAAGUACGCGACUCAAUUCGGGAUUUUAUGCUGUUAAAGCAACAGUACGAUAAUGCAACAUGGAUUCAUAGAAGAGAAGCGGCAUAUCUCCAACGAUCUCAGAUUCAUCUUAACGCGAGCAAUCCUUUUUAUGUGGAUGUAAUUGGAAAUUCCUAUCGAAGAUGGUUAAAUCAAUUGAAUAAAAUUAUCGAUCGACUACAAUCCUCCAUGAACGAUCUAUUUUACGAGGAUGUGUUUAUGGAAUUUUUGACCGAUCACAUUACCCCGUUCUAUGAUGAACUCAAGGAAAGUGUGGAUGCCAUCGAUACGAAGAAGACUUAUGGUGCUCGGCCGUGGUUUCGAAGAUGA